GCUUUCAUUCCUACACCACACGUCCCACAUACUAUUUUGCGGCGCGACUCGCCUGGUUGGUGAACGUUGCGCGCCGAGGUUAUGUCGUCUCGUUAGCGGUGUGCGCGGUGAGGAAAGUCGCCGGUGCUUCGCUCUCCACAGCUGCAGAUUUUCCGACACCAAGAAACCAGAAUUUCCGGCACUACCGGCGGUGUUGGACGACUUAUCCUCCACUGACUCUUUGACGAUGAGUAAAACCAGCUUGAAAUUGUCACCCAAGCAGCAUAAGAAUGCGAGCACCGCCAGUACAAUUUCAGUCACCACCAUUCCAGGCGCCAAGGAUGUGGCGAACGUGCCCUUCGAGGUGCUUCCCUCGCCGACUAAAAGUAAACGAGACAAGAAGGAGUAUAAAGUGAUCAGGCUUGGAAAUGGGUUGACUGCUUGUUUGAUUUCUGAUAAGGAUGCGGAUGAAGACGAAUUCAGUUCUGGGGACUAUGAGACUGAGAGUGACUCUGCCAGUGACAUGGAGAGUGAAAGUGAAGUGGAGAGUGAACCUGAACAGGCUGGUACAGAAUCAGACAAUGAAGUGAAAAAAGUCCCAGAGAUGAAGCGCAAAAUGGCUGCGGCUGGUCUAUGCGUUGGCGUAGGUUCAUUCAGCGAUCCUCCCGAUAUCCCCGGCAUGGCACACUUCCUCGAACACAUGGUCUUCAUGGGUAGCGAAAAAUUCCCCGAGGAAAACGACUUCGACAAGUACAUUUCAAAACGUGGCGGAUCUGAUAACGCUUCCACUGACUGCGAAACCACCACAUUUUAUUUCGAAUGUAUCGAGAAAUACCUAUACAAAUCUCUCGAUAAAUUCGCGCAGUUUUUCAUCUCGCCGCUGAUGAAGCGCGAAUCGAUGACCCGCGAACGCGAGGCGAUUGAUUCCGAGUUUCAAAUGGCGAUACCCAACGAUGCGUACCGCAAGGAACAAUUGCUUGCGUCACUAUUCAAUCCGCGCGUGCCGGUGAACCAGUUCACCUGGGGUAAUCUCAUCACGCUCAAGGACAACGUCGCCGACGAAAAACUCUACGCGGCAUUGCAUGCGUUCCGCAAGCGACACUACUCUGCGCAUCGAAUGACUCUCUGUAUCCAGGCGCGUUUACCCAUUGACAUGUUACAAAACUUCGUGUUGGAUUGUUUCAAAAAUGUUCCGAGCAAUAAUCAACCUGCGAUUGAUUUCAAGCAAUAUUCAGACAUCAUUUAUGAUACACCUGAAUUCAAUAAGAUAUAUUAUAUCAUCCCUAAUAAGAAUUCUGUAUCAGUGGAUCUUAUUUGGGCGCUGCCAUCGCUGCUACACCUAUAUAAAAGCAAACCACAUCAUUAUGUGUCAUGGUUGUUGGGUGAUGAAGGAAAAGGAUCACUUAUUUCGGAAUUGAGAAAGCGCGUUUGGGCAUUGGCGAUUUUCACCGGCAAUGGAGAGACUGGCUCAGAACAUAACACAAUGUACGCUUAUUUUACAGUCACUAUUGUUUUGACACAAACUGGAAUGGCUAAGCUUUACGAUGUAAUCGACUUAGUGUUUUCCUAUAUCAACUUGUUGAAGAAAAUAGGACCUCAGGAGAGGAUAUUCAAGGAGAUUCAAUUGAUUGACGAGACUAGUUUUACUUUCGCUGAUGAGACACCAUCAGUGGACAUGGUGGAGAACCUUGCUGAGAGUAUGCAGUUUUAUCCAAGUGAAGAUUACCUCACAGGAUCUGAGAUUUACACUGAAUAUAGACCUGAUGCUAUUCAGAUGGUUCUCAAUCAUCUUAGACCUGAUAAAGUGAACAUUAUGGUGCUGAAUAAGAAUAUGCCUAGUGAUAUUGUCUGCGAUCAAGUGGAACCAUGGUUUAAAACUCAAUACACUACACGAGAUAUACCAAACUCUUGUUUGGAGCGCUGGACAAACGCGGAACCCGUCGAGAGUUUCCGCCUUCCUGAACCCAAUCGCUUCCUAACAACCAAUUUCUCUAUUAUACCACCGGGAAGCAAAAACCCUGAGUAUCCCAUCAAAAUUAUCGAUACAAAAGAACUGGAGUUGUGGUACCGGUUUGAUCAGAAGUUUGAAACACCGUCCGCUUACUAUUACUACUAUCUUAUUUCCCCCAUGCCUCUUGAGUCGCCGACGAACAGUUGUAUGCUUGACAUGUUUUUAAGUCUACUUACUAUCCAACUUACUGAAGAGGCCUACCCGGCACAGGUGGCUGGUCUUGAUUAUAGUUUCUCUGCUGCUGAUAAAGGCAUGUAUAUCAGAUUGAACGGCUACAAUGAAAAGCUUCCUGUGUUGUUGGAGCUUAUCACCAAGUAUCUUGUCGAUGUGGGUAACAAAGUCACCGAAGAAAUGUUUAAAGCUGUCAAAGAAAGUCAGACUAUGGUUUAUUACAAUAAGUUUCUCAAGCCUAGCUCUCUUAAUAAGGAUUUACGAUUGUCUUUAUUGUUGAGUACUUAUUGGCCGCCAAUUGAGAAACACGCGGCGAUUGAAAAAGUCACUUUUGAGAUGAUGAAAGCCUUUAGUGGCCAAUUUAUAAAGACCUUGUAUGUCCAGGCAUUGGUUCAGGGUAAUGUUGAUGAGAAGACAGCUAAAGAAGCUACGGAGAAGUUUGUCGCUGGAAUUAAUUACGAACCAUUGUUGGAUAAUACAUUCCCGAAGAUAAGAGUCAUUCAACUGCCGACUAGCGAGCAUUGUUUGCGCUGCCAGUCAUUUAACAAGAACGACACGAACUCCUACAUCACUAAUUACUACCAGGCGGGGCCGUUCAAUAUCAAGACACACGUGAUAAUUGAAAUUUUAAUGAUGAUAAUUGAAGAACCAUUGUUUGAUAUUCUCCGAACAAAAGAGCAAUUAGGUUACAAUGUGUUCUGCAACUUGCGAGACACGUUUGGUAUUCUGGGCUAUUCGAUUACGGUGAACACGCAGGCAGCCAAGUAUACAACCCAACACGUUGAUCAGCGUAUUGAAGCGUUUGUAAAGCAUGUACAGAAACUUUUGAAGAAGAUGCCUGAGAAAAAGAUCAAUACUUUUAAACGCGAUCUUAUCAAAGUCAAACAGGUCGCUGACGUGUUGUUAAAAGAGGAAGUUGGUCGGAAUUGGGGAGAAAUCAUAAAUCGCGAGUAUGUAUUCGAUCGGCUUAAGCAGGAAAUCAAGGCUAUUGAGGAUUUGAAAGGUAGCGACAUUCGUAAGUUCUGGGAGGAUCACAAUAUGCACGGCAAUAAGUCUAAUCUACGCAAAUUGAGCAUUCAGGUUAUAGGAUGCAAGACACCUAAGGAGUGCGAAAUGUCAGUUGACAAGAUCGUAGAGAAAUCGGUGGAUGAAAAGAAAUCCGUCUACAAUUUGGACCUCAUCGGCGUGCAAAAGGAUUGGCCUGAGAAACCGGCUGAAACAUACUUUAUUCGCAAUAUUGGCGAAUUUAAACAGAACUUGUUCCUUUUCCCCAACAAGAAUCCCAACCUGUAGACUAGGCGUGUUGAUAAAGUUAGGUUCAUCCGCAAAAAUGUUACUGUUACGCGAUACAAGUCCCUAACUGCACACUAGUAAAGUGUUGCGAAUAGUCCACGCCAUAACAAACAGCAAAAGACGACGGCUAGUACAAUGUGAUCGUCCAUUGUGAAGAAGUUAGAGCAAUUGUACUGUUUUAUACCUUCCUUAUUCUUUACAAUCAUAAAUGAAUCAAAUGAUAUGCCAAUCAAAA